CGGCGGAGAGAGAGAGGGGGAGAGGGGGGAAAAAAAAGGACAAUUAUUUCGCGUUUAAAAUAAAGGGAAUCCAUAGGCCUCAGAGAGCCGACACCAGGGCUUUCCCGCCUCCUCCGCGGCCGCGUAACACUCCCAGCGAGAGCCCAGGAGGAGCCGCCGCCGCCGCCGCCCGCCCGAGUGUUUGUAUGACCACUGUCCCAACAGAUCCUGUAUGGACUGUCCUUAUCUGUGGCCUCUGCCUUGAGUUGGUGAUCCCAAUCCCUGGCCCCUGGAAGCUGUGAGUUGGCAGAGGGUUGAUCUCAGUAGCAAUGAGGAGCAUUGACCGAAAGAAUGCGAUCCAGAUCCUAACCAGCAGAGAGCAGGGCUCCCAGGGGCUGGGCUGCCAACGACGCCUGGAGGAGCUGGUGGAGGACAAGACACGGUGGAUGCGAUGGGAAAGUCAGAAAGUCGAACUUCCUGACAGCCCACGAUCAACUUUCCUCCUGGCGUUUAGCCCAGACAGGACUUUAAUGGCCUCCACCCAUGUCAAUCACAAUAUUUACAUUACUGAAGUCAAGUCUGGGAAAUGUAUUCAUUCACUGGUGGGUCACAGAAGAACACCCUGGUGUGUGACAUUCCACCCGACCAUCCAAGGGCUCGUGGCGUCAGGAUGUUUAGAUGGCGAGGUUCGAAUCUGGGAUUUACAUGGAGGCAGUGAGAGUUGGUUUACUGAGAAUAACGUAGCCAUAGCAUCCUUAGCCUUCCAUCCUAUGGCCCAACUCCUACUAAUCGCUACUGCAAAUGAGAUCCAUUUCUGGGACUGGAGUCGACGGGAGCCUUUCGCGGUGGUGAAAACUGCCAGCGAAAUGGAACGUGUCAGGUUGGUAAGAUUUGAUUCACUGGGACACAACCUUCUGACAGCCAUCGUUAAUCCCUCCAACCAACAGAAUGACGACGAUGGUGAAAACUCUCUGGAUAGCUUCGAAACCUCUCCGUCCCGGCAGCGAUCGUUCCUCCAAUCGCAGCCCGUCCGCCGGACACCGCUACUUCACAACUUCUUGCACAUGUUGUCGUCCCGGUCGCCUGGCAGCGCCAACGGGGACCCGGGACAGAGCGAGGAGAGCGCCCUGCCGGCCGGCGAGAGUAGCAGGACUUCGGUGUACGCCGUGCUCCGCGAUCGCUUCAGCUACCCCGUGCAGGAGUGCGUCCACCACAUGGGCAUGGUCUGCUUCUGCAGCCGCUGCUCGGCCCUGAGGUCAUCGUCCUCCUCUUCCUCUGUCCCCAGCGAAGAUGGCGCGGCCACCUCCACGUCGGCCCGGACCGAACCCCGCGUCCCUCCGGAGAGACCCCUGUCCCAGCCCAUGCCUCGGCCUCCCGACCGCCCUUCCGCCUUCAGCAGCGUCAAUUACGAGAACUCCGGCAACUCCCUCCGCAAUCUGUCGGCAGCCACUAAUAGGAGAGGUUUACUGGGGCACGGGGCGUACCAGGCCAGCGGGCUGCCGCAGUCCAGCCCGGGUUACAGGGAAACCAGUUCCAGGUUAAGCGGAGCCGACUGGACGAGGACUAUGCUGAGCGUGUCGCCCAGGUCCGAGCUGGAGAGCAUGCCUCCCCCUCGGACUAGCGCCUCGUCGGUCAGCUUGCUCUCUGUGCUAAGGCAGCAGGAGGCCAACACCCAACCCGUUUACACGCUGGCUUCUGAGGGGAGAGGUGCCACGGUGCCCGGGACCACCAGCGGAGGGGGGCCCGCCAGCAGCCCCCCGGUCGAGGAGAGGUCCAGCACCCAGCGCAAUGUUCUCCGGUGCAACCUGAGCCGUUACUUCAUGGAGAUGGAUCGCUUUCAGGACCCCGAGCAGCAGGUGGGAGCGGACCCUGAGCAAUCUCAACAGGUGCAGGAGAUCCUCAACAAUAACAUCGAACCCGACCGGCCCAGGCCGUCGCAGCCGAACGGAGAGAACACCUCCGGCUCGUCUGGCGGCCACCUCAGCCGCUGUCGCGCCUGCCACAACCUUCUGACCUUCAACCAUGACACCCAGCGGUGGGAGAGGACCACGCAGCUUUUUUCCUCCGAGGGCAGCUCCUGGCACGUGCCAAACAGUUACGAACCACUAGGGCAGGGCAGCAGCCAGCCCCCGGUGCCACAAAGCCGGGGUGCGGGGGGCAGAGCCCACGGGCUGGGUGGCACAGAGGGCAGACUCGCCCGCCACUGCUCCAGCCAACAAGCGGAACGCACAAUGGGUCUAACAUUUAACAAUGAGACAGGACACUGGGAGCGGGUGUACAGUCAGUCGGCAUCAAACAGAAUGUCGAAUGUUUCACAAGAGGCCUUAAACCAAGAAAUGCCUGAAGAAAACUCGGAAGAAAAUUUACUGAGGAGGCGACUGUUGGAGUCCUCGCUUAUUUCUCUGUCUCGAAAUGAUGGUUCAGGAUCCAGAGAGCACCCAAUUUACCCAGACCCAGCCAGGUUAUCCCCUGCCUAUUACGCCCAUCGGAUCAUCCAGUACCUCUCUCGUAGGGACAGCAUUCGACAGCGCUCGAUGCGAUAUCCGACGAACCGAACGCGAGCCAGUUUGGAAAGUUCAGCGAGCAGCCAGUCUCAGCCCAUUGAUAGCGCUGAUAUGGAUUUUGAUGAUUUUGAGGACGGAGGUGAGAGAUCACGACAUCGAGCUCCAAGAAAUGCGAGAAUGACUGCUCCGUCACUGGGACGUUUCGUUCCUCGGCGAUUUCUGCUGCCAGAGUACCUUCCUUAUGCAGGCAUCUUCCACGAGCGAGGACAGCCUGGUUUGGCCACACAUUCCUCUGUCAAUAGGGCUUUAGCAGGUGCUGUGAUAGGUGAUGGACAGUCUGCUGUGGCUAGUAAUAUCGCGAAUAUCACCUAUCGCCUCCAGUGGUGGGACUUCACCAAGUUCGAUCUUCCAGAGAUCAGCAAUGCCUCAGUCAACGUCCUAGUCCAGAAUUGCAAGAUCUACAACGAUGCGAGCUGCGAUAUCUCAGCAGAUGGGCAGCUCCUGGCGGCGUUCAUUCCCAGCAGUCAGCGUGGAUUUCCAGAUGAAGGCAUCCUAGCAGUGUAUUCUCUGGCUCCACAUAACCUGGGGGAGAUGCUCUACACCAAGCGAUUUGGCCCCAAUGCCAUCUCUGUCAGUCUGUCUCCCAUGGGCAAGUACGUGAUGGUUGGUCUUGCCUCCCGGCGUAUCCUGCUGCACCCCUCUACUGAGCACAUGGUGGCACAAGUCUUCCGCCUGCAACAUCCCCAUGCUGGAGAGACCUCGAUGAGGAGGGUUUCCAAUGUUUUAUACCCCAUGCCUCCGGAUCAGAGGAGACAUGUUAGCAUCAACUCAGCUCGCUGGCUUCCUGCCCCUGGGAUGGGCCUGGCCUACGGAACCAACAAAGGAGAUCUGAUCAUUGGGCGGCCAGUAGCUUCAAAAAUGGAGACGGAGCACAAUUGGGAACAGCUGUCGGAGCCCGUCUCUUCCCAUCACACCAACCGGAGUAACGAGAGGCCUGGGCCAAACCGAACCUCGUGGAGGACAGACCGUGACAUGGGCCUGAUGAACGCGAUCGGGCUGCAGCCUCGCAACCCUGCCCCCUCGGUGACUUCGCAGGGAACCCAGACGCCAUCGCCGCAGUUACAGAACGCAGAGACUCAGACAGACCGCGAUCUGCAGGAGGCCUCCACUUCAGGGACCAGUCAGGCUAGCCAGUCUUCACUGAGCGAGCCCGAGCCCCCGCCAGCGAGUACGGCCGGUCAGAUGGCAGAGGCCGCUGCAGGAACAAGUUCUGACUUCCCCCUCGAGAGAGCAGACGAUAGCCUCCCUGCACAAGUCGCUGAGGCAGGUUCCGCAGCAGCCGGAGCCAAUGCUGCUUCUAUGGGGGAAGCUCCCGGGUACAUUCCAGGGGAGGACGCCUUGUCUCGUAUCCGCCGGCUGAUCGCCGAGGGCUGGAUGACAGCCGUGGUGCAGCGGGAACAAGGCACCACCACCGCCUCCAUGGGCGGCUUCGGCAACAACAUCAUCGUGAGCCACCGCAUCCACCGGGGCUCGCAGACCGGCAGCGAGGCCCUGGCCAGGCUGGGCACUACACAACCCACACCGGGCGGCAGGGAGAGGAGAGAGACGGACAGCGGCCCCGCGCCGGAGCCCUCGCUCCAGCCCGGGGCCCGAGCGGGCGGCGAGAGGGAACAGCUCGGAGACGGAGGCGAGAGGUUUGGCGGGGAGCCCUCCGCCAGCGGGGCUCCCAUAGACACGGAGAACCUUUACCACACCGUCAGCACACACAGCAGCCCCGAUCCUGAUGACUAUUCUGAUAAUCAUGGCACUGACGACAGGGGUUCAGACAGAAGGUAGAAUUAGGUGGUCUGAUGUCUGGGGCGAAAUAAAUAAAUAAAAAAAAUUGCAUGUCC